GGCUGUGAAUCUGCCUUCCAAUGAAAAGCCCAUGGAGCCAUGGUCUUCGUGUUUCACCUGCGCCUUGUCUUGGCGCUGCAGCUGACAGGUGGGCAUUUGCUGCUGUGCAAGCCGGGUGAGAGUGUGCUUGCCUGGCUACAAACAUGGAUGCCAACUGCAGCCGGGUGCCGGCCCAAUGCGUCAACGGAGGCCAUCCUGCUGAGGACUGGUGGCGAGUGGGACGGAAGACAUCUGAAAGCUUAUGUCCGUGAGGGAGGUGUUGUCGUCACAGACCCGCACACUGCCCACCUGGCCCACAAAGCCAUAUUUGACGUGCCGGUUGCUCAAGGACCUUGGCAUGGACUUUGUGGCGGCGCCUUCCCAGAAACCAGCCGCUUCCACAAGCAGGAUGACUUUUGGGAUGCAUUGAGCCAUGGAGCCGCCGCCGCUUCCGGCGGCUGCGGCACAUCAACCUAUCACUUCCCGGGAGUAAGAGGACUGGCUGGCUGGACAUCACAGUCCUACAGCUUGGCCUACCGCCAGCUGAACCUCGGCACCGUUUGGUUUGCAACCUGGGAUUGGGAAGGGGCCACCCAACGCCGCAGCAAUGACGUGCUGCGCUACAUCUUGCAGCGCAAACUCAAGUCGCCCGAGCCGUCAACAACCCAGGCCAAGCCUCAAGCGUCUGCGUGGCCGACCCAUUCCAGAUUGGGCCCGGGGCUUCCAGUCACAAUCACCUGGACCAUGACCAGCACUCUUCCAAUGAUUCCGACUACGACGCAACCACAGACUACAACUGCCACCUCUCAAACAAGCACAACGAGAUCCUCGACAACAGCUAGUUUGACCACAAGUAUCACGACCACUUCUGGCACUCCGACGACUGCCACCGCUGCGCCAAUUCCGCCAACUCACACGGCCACGGCGACCUUGACAACAGCUACCUCAACCACCCUAAGUGAUACCCCGCUGCCUGCAACCACCACCUUUGUUCCCGCCCCGCCAACUUUCACGACAACUGCAGCCUCCAGUGCAACCAUGACGUGGACAACGUCCACCUUGUCAACAACUACCGCCCAGGUGCCUACGACUUCUUCCAUCACGCUGACCACCACCUUUGUUACCCCACCCCCGCCAACUUUCACGACAACUGCAGCCUCCAGUGCAACCAUGACGUGGACAACGUCCACCUUGUCAACAACUACCGCCCAGGUGCCUACGACUUCUUCCAUCACGCUGACCACCACCUUUGUUACCCCACCCCCGCCAACUUUCACGACAACUGCAGCCUCCAGUGCAACCAUGACGUGGACAACGUCCACCUUGUCAACAACUACCGCCCAGGUGCCUACGACUUCUUCCAUCACGCUGACCACCACCUUUGUUACCCCACCCCCGCCAGCUCACACGACAACUGCAGCCUCCAGUGCAACCAUGAUGUUGACAACAUCCACCUUGUCAACAAGUACCGCCGAGGCGCCUACGACUUCUUCCAUUGCCCUGACUUCUGCGGCUGCAACAACCACAGCCCUUGCUUCCACUGCUCACACAACAACUACAACCAGGACACUCCCGCCACGCAGGACCACACCAACUCAGACGACAACCGCAGCAGCUAUCACAGCAGCGGCCACAACGACAACCGCGGCAGCUCUCACAGCAGCGGCCACAACCACCCUGACCACUACCACUCUUUCCCGACCCCCCCGUCCAACUCGUACAACAACUGCAGAAGCUCCCACGACAAUCUCUUCCACCAGCCUGACAACCACCGUUGCAGACGGCCAGCAGCCACCAACUCAGACGACAACCGCAGCAGCUCUCGCAGCAACGGCCACAACCACCUUGACCACUACAACUCGACCCCCCCGUCCAACUCGUACAACAACUGCAGAAGCUCCCACGACAACAACGAUAAUUGUCACCACUUCCGCUGGCCUAUCGACUGCAACCUCUACGGCGACAGAAACCACAAGAACCUUAAGAUUUCCAACCCGAACAACUACGCAUGUGACAACAACAUCCCAUUUUGGAUCACAAGGCAGCGUCAGCACCACCACAGCUGUCAGUCAAGGUACGGGGCUAGAUAGCACCACCGCCACCACCCAAAGCCGCCUUCGAAGCAGGACAAGCACUUCUAGCUUUAGCCAGGGCAGUGCCAGCAUAGCUCCCACCAGCACUAGUUUGUUACAGGCCGGGCCAUCAACCACAGUCACAACCACUGCAACGUUUACAUUGAGCACCGCUGCCACAUCUGCAACGCUCACGACCACCAGAUCAGGCACAUCAACCACCACAACAGCGAGCCGCACCAUGGCCAACUACGUGGGCAGCGAUGCAGGAGAAAGUGCCACCCUUGCGGCGCAGGAUAUCACGGGAAGCCAGGAGCAAGACAUCACCAAUGUGCUCACCGCAGCCGCGGGGCUUGCUGAGAAUGCCACAUACCUGGACGGAGUGGCAACGCUGCUUGAGAAGCGGAUCCAGACCCUUGAUGGAGCGGUGUUUGACACGAGAGCAGUGCUGCCAAACAAUUCCAGCUCCCUUCUGAUCAGCUUCGCAGAGAGUGAGGUGGAUAUUCCUGGCGCUGUGCUAGAGGGCCUGCAAGCUGGCACCAACAGUGCCGUUGGCGUUUCUGUGGCGCUCUUUCCUGAGGCCAGCAAUGAGUUCCAGACCUUCAAUGGCUUGACUGACGGCACAAGAGUUGUCGCCGGGACGCUUCUCACGAUUUCAAUGUCUACCUUGGAGGGAGGCGCGCUGGCUGGCGAGCUCCCGGCGCCAGUGCAGUUCAGCCUGCCAGUGUCCGGAAACCUCACAGACGAUAUGGAGUGCGCGUACUGGGAUGAGGAGACCAGCUCGUGGUCCACCAGGGGGGUUUCGCGCCAGCCCGGCGGAACCGAGCGAUCGGUGCUUUGUGCGACGACACACUUCACCGUUUUUACGGUGAUUCUUCGGCCGAUGGCUGCCGCGCCCUGCAGCUUUGAUGCAGAUGCCUCAGACGUCUCUUGGCCUGCACGGGCCGCAGCUGUGGCAAACUGGGCAUCGCUUGCCGUGGGCAUCGGCUUCUUAGUCCUGGCGCGGAGGGUCGACCUGAAGAGCAAAGAUCGCAUGGCCGUCUUGAAGGCCAGGGGCAAGGCGUGCAUCGGAUCGGCUUCGAGACGCCAGAAGCUGGCAAGCUUCUUGCACUCCCAGGUAUUGCGGCCUCAGCUGGGCGUUGAUAUUCCGUAUUUAGACAAACUUCAUGCGGUCGGUGGGCGAACUGCAGUGCACGGGGAAGCAGAGUUUUUUCUUCAGAGAUUCUAUGCUGACAGCGCUCGGAGGCGGGCAAUGCUGAUGUUCGCAUCGUGCCGGUGGCUCCAAGUCUUCAGGCCGGAAUGGCAGUCUUCCUGCAGGCAGCGGAGCGCCUUGCUGCUGGCCGAGCUUUACAGCGGAUGGGCCGUCGCAGCGAUCUUCCUGAGCCUCGUUCCUACGCCAUGUGAAGCACGCGAGAACCCAUCGACGUUUCUCGUGGCAGCGUUGAUUGCCUGGCUCUCGAGCAUCUUUGGGCUGCUGCCUCUUCAGCUACUAAUCGCUGUGGCGAAAGGCACAAGGCAGAAACGCAUGCUAUUUUGGGCCUUUGUCGGCGGCUACGUUGUCAUUUGUGAAGUUGCCAUUUGCCUUUUCGUCGCCAAUGCCCACAUCUUCGACAGCCAGAGAUGGCUCAUAAGUGCUUGUGUCAGCUUCGGGACCUUCUUGCUCUUGCAGCCGCUGCUUAUGUUGGUCGUGCUGGUUUGCAUCAAGGAGCGCCUGCACAGCAGCGAGCGAAUAGUUGAAUGGGCCUCGCGAGAAGCAGAUGCACACACCUUGCACAUUGAGAAGCUGGAAAUUUCCGGCGACGUGCAGCCUGGAAAGGAGUGGCUUGUGACAUGGGAGAUGUUGGGACAUCCGGACAGACUGGAUUGGUGUGAUGCUUCAGGCUGGGAUGGGGACGCAAAGCUGGAAGGUGUUACCGAGCACCAUCGAGUAUUGGUAUCCGUGUAUCGAAGGAGGGCAAUGCUCUCUAGGGUGCCGCCAUGGGUGCCAUGGGUGCCCUCAGAAGUUCUUCUUGGGACACGCGUGCUGGAGAUUGCGGAGCUCAUGAAGGCGCCGUUUUCCGGGAAGCUGACGGUACAAAGGAAUGGCCGGGACCUUGAAAUGCACCUCUUCGUUGAGAUGACUGUCAAAGAGGCGUCGCAAGACACCUGGAGCUCCAGCUCCAGCAGCGAAGAAGAUUUCGUUUGGAUGCCUGGCCCCGCCCGACGCAGCAUCUGCCUGCAAAGGGAACCCAGGGAAGCGGAGAAGCCCGACCUCAUCUCAUGCGUUUUGCACGCGGAACGACGCAAGAGUGUCACGGACCGCGAAGAAGAGACAGAAGUGGUUCCUCUGGAGCUGCCAGCUGUCCCAGCCGACAAGAUUGCCAAUAAGGCAAGAGAGCUGGCUCGCUUGGCUGACGCUCAUGCGCGCAUCGAGGAUGGAAUUCCUGAUGAGGUUCCGGUCGAGCGCAGCUUCUCGGACAAGGCCCCGACCAUGGCAAAUGAGCCCACUAAAGAUCCAAGCGCCCAGGUGCAGCAGCCAGGCCAGCAAGUCAGGCAGCUUCAGCCCUCCAAGCGGUCAGCCCCGUACACCUCACGCACGCCGAAGGGCAAGGGCAAGGGCAAGAGCAAGGGCAAGGCAAGACAGAUGUCGCACAUGGAGCAGCAUCAAGCGAGAACGCAGCUGGAGCAGCAUCAAGUGAGAGAGCCUAGGGACCCAGAAGCCCAAGCGUGCCCAGCAGAAUCUUCCAAUCACCCGCUAGGCUCGGCCUUUGCGCCUGUCGGCUCUCGCCUCACACGCGCUCAAGUCUCACCACGCACCGAUGCAGGGCAGAUGCAAGGCAAAGCCUUCAUGGAAAUCUAAUGGUUGUGACGCGCAGAAA